CAACCCUAAAUCGUACGCGCACAAAACCCUCGGACACAGAAACGAACACUGCAUUUGUGCGUCGUGUUGCUUCUGCUGCUCAGCAACGUGAACGGAACUACAUCAUUUGGAAACGGAAACUUCAGCUUGGAUUGCAAUUUUUCUUGCCAGAGACGCUCCGAUUUACAGACCAAAUGGACUCGCAGCAAUACGCACGUCCUCCCAAAGUUGUACACUCUUGCAGUGCCAACUUUGUGCGUGUGCAGGAUGAGUUAAAGGAGCCCCCAAUGCUGCUCACAGCCUGGACGCAAACAACUGGUGAGGAUUUCGAUUUGUUGCGUACAGUUGAUUCUGAAAUGCAAGCCGAAAAUCGGGCGCUGCGAGAAAAGCUGCGCUAUGUGGAGUCAAAGCUGCAGCAGCAAUCGGACUUGCUCUCACAAAUCCACGCCACCUCGGCGCGCAUGCAACUUGGAACUGCUCCAGCUCAGAGCACACACACAUCACCACCCACUCCGCCCGCUCAUCAGCAACAUCAGAUUCUAACUCCCCCAAGUUCGGUGAUCUGUGCACCCGUGGUGCCAGCUGGGGCCUCUCAACGUACCGAGGUGAUUGACUAUAAAAUCAUUUCCGCAGAUGGUAGCGAUGCGGAUGCCAUUGAAAUUCGGUUGGCUGCUGAAAGCCUCAACAGCCUCAGUAGCUCCGCAGACUCGGACCGGUUGGAGAUUUGUCUCCACGAUGAGCAACAGUCGGCGCUUCAUGGAGUCAAACAAGAACCUUCACAAGGUUCGGACAAAACUCCAUUGCAGUUCAUCAAGCGUCGCAAACUGGAUGUGCCUGAGCUCACAAAUUCACCGAACACUGGGUCGCCUCUGCAGGAGCAACAAAACAUCUACCGCUUGCCAGCUCGCAAGAGCAUUGGUAAAACUCCCAAGACAAAGGUAGAGGUUGCAGGCGAUGCAAAAGGGCAGCACAGGGACAAUGUAAUGGUAUCUAUUGGACCGAACAACACAUGCGUGCCGGCUAGUGUGUUUGAGAAUAUCAAUUGGAACUCAUCAUCUCUUGCCACUCGUAAGCUACUAGUGGCUAUUUUCGACCGUGAAACUUUGGCCACUCACUCGAUGACUGGCAAACCGUCCCCAGCAUUUAAGGAGCAGCAGAAGCCAUUGAAACAAAUGCUAGAUCCUCUUAAAAUCCAGGAUAUCAUCUUUGCCGUCACACGCAAGUGUUCUGCAAGUGAGCGGGAAGUGCGAAAUGCAAUUACAACCAAAUGCGCCGAUGAAAAUAAAAUGAUGAAAAUACAAAACGGCAAGCGACGCAGUCAUGUGAUGGAUCUGGACAAAGAGAACAUAGUCUGAAACUGUUGGAUUUACUUUUUAACAAACCACAAAAGUUUUUAUCAGGUUGGCUUGUUAAUAUUCAAUAACAAAAACUUAUGUUACCAACCAUCUCAUCUUUAAAGUGCUACAUAAAAAAUGAUAGCAUAUCAUUACACAUCUGUACAAAUUGUGAGAUCUCGCACAUGAAGGAACUUAACGACAGCUUCUGAAUAAUCCAAAUACUUAAAUUAAAAUUACAGUAGCCAUUAUUGUUCCACAAA